CCCGCUCUUGACGCCCUCCAAAGCAAGGGGACCUUUUUUCGGCAACGAAGGAGAGGGCAGCUCGUUGAGGAGAGCUGGAGGACCGGCCGGGCCCCCAGGGUGACUCCCCGGGGACAGCUAGGGGGAGAAGUGAGGAAUCUCCCGUAUACCUUCCUUUUGCAACAGAAAUCUGAUGGAGAAACCUAUGCCCAGAUUGGAAGACCAUACGUGGAGUUGUUCCUGUACAGCUAGAGGAAGACAUAAAGGCCCCUUAGGUGGAACCGCUACAGAGCUGGCAGCCAGGGUGGGCGAAAUGUUGAGCACAUCGGUCUCAGGUUCUCCCUUGACCUUAGUAGGUCAUGGAGCACAGAAGACUAGCAAAUCUAACAUUGGCAGUAGCACCAGCAGCAGUUUGAACUUGAGCAGGGACGUAGUGCAAAGGAGCCUGGUGCUUUUUGUUGUGGGCACUUUUCUCGCAUUGGUGCUGAAUUUGCUGCAGAUCCAGAGAAAUGUGACGCUGUUCCCUGAAGAGGUCAUAUCUACAAUUUUCUCCUCUGCCUGGUGGGUGCCCCCUUGCUGUGGGACAGCAGCAGCUGUUAUUGGCCUGCUUUACCCCUGCAUUGAUAGUCAUCUUGGCGAGCCUCACAAAUUCAAGCGAGAAUGGGCCAGCGUAAUGCGAUGUAUAGCAGUCUUCGUUGGUAUUAACCAUGCAAGUGCAAAACUGGAUUUUGCAAACAAUGUUCAGCUCUCUUUGACACUGGCAGCUUUGUCACUGGGUCUCUGGUGGACAUUUGAUCGUUCAAGAAGUGGACUUGGACUUGGAAUUACAAUAGCUUUUGUAGCUACUCUGAUUACACAGUUUCUUGUCUAUAAUGGAGUUUAUCAGUAUACUUCUCCAGAUUUCCUUUAUAUCCGAUCCUGGCUGCCAUGUAUAUUUUUCUCAGGAGGUGUGACUGUAGGAAACAUAGGACGGCAGUUGGCCAUGGGUGUUCCUGAGAAGCCUCAUAGUGACUAAAUACGUGGCUCUACAGUGCCUGUGAAGAGGCAGAACUAAGACCAGUUCUUGAGUAUAAACUUGGAUUUUUCUUCUUGAGAAACAUGAGUGAGCUCCCUAUGUAAAUUACUGGUGAAGAAAAAUUAAUUCACCUUUGAGUGGCCAAGAGCUUGCCGCAACAUUUUUUGGAGAAGUCCCUGGGCUUGGCUUGAAUGCAGAAGAAUCCAGCAAAGACUAAAUGCAUAGCAAGCCCACGCUUGGUGACAGUUCUUGUGAAGUCCUGGUUUUCAGCUGAAGGUCAUUGAAACAGCUGCCAUAUUUCAAAGCCUUGAAACAAAACAUAGUUACAAGCUUUGCACAAGUGCCCAAAGAAAGCUGAGUGGUGUCGAGAGGUGGGUUUAAUAGGAAUAGUAUUCAUCCAGAUGUUUUUCAACAUAGGGUUGCCUUUAAGACAAAACCAAAAGAAGGUGAUCAGAAUAAGAGUAUAAUCCUUCAGGUGUUUGGUGAAGAAAUAAUAGACUAUGGGCAGAGUCCACUCAGUUCUUUGCAGGCUCCAGUGAAGUCAGACGGAGAGAUGCAAGGACCCUAUCCAUUUCACAGAAGUUUUCAUGGGAGUACUUAGUUGGCGUGUUAGAUGUCCUUUUUUGAGUAUAUAAUCAGUGGAAAUGGAAACAGACUAGUUUGUAGACAGAGAAGCAAGAAGUCUAUAAAUUGCUCCUCUGUUAUGGUCACACGGAGAUUGAUGAUCCUCUGCUUCUGCUCUGCUGUUGGAUACACACAGUUGAGAGGAAGUUGUGUUCAUUAAUGUGUGUCAUCACAUAUCUGUUAAGUAGACGGGCAGCCUGUUCCCAGAGUGGUAGGCCAGCUGAAAAAGGGAUGUUAUGUGACGCCUUAUGAGUUUCCUGGGAGUCAGUCUGCUUUCUGAGCCCGAACAAGUAUUGUCAUGAGAGGACCACCAAUGAUACUGAAUGCUUCUUGUAAAUGAACUUGUUUCACAGAAUAUUUUUGAAGAGAUCAGUUUGUGUUUCUGUUUGGGGUUGGUGUGGGUUUUUUUGCAAUCCCAUAGAACUUGCAAUCUGUGAUUGCCUUGUAAGGAAGAGUGCUUUUGUCACUACAUUAAGCAUUUGGGUGUUUCUAAGUAGUUUUGUGGUGAGCACAAUAGUCAUUUGAACAGUAUAGGCCACAACUGACCUAAUGAACCAGUAUUAGGUCUCAUAAUUUAAAGUGCAAUGUACAAUUGAGACAAAUCUGAGCCAUGUAGUCUUCUCUUUAAUAUCUCCAUUGAACAAUUAAUAUGAAAGAUAAGACUUUCAAACUCACUUCAGUGCUGCAUGGAGGCAAAGCAAAAUUGGCAAUAAGUAGUACAUGAUAUUUUAUACCUUCUACUCUUCUGAAAGGAAUAUUCUAGACUUUACAUUCUGUGCUACUGCUCCAUAUUAAGCAAUGGUUUUCCCCUUUCAGUUUCAUAUGGUUUACCCUGACAGUCGCUUAUGUUUAAAUUGAAUGUAAAGAACUUACCCCAGUUUUUAUUCAAAGAAAUGUCCUAAAAAGUGUGUCUCAAAUUAGCAGAACUCCAGUAUACUUUCUAAAUAAUUUCUGCCCCCUCCGCCUUUUUAGCUUCCUCAGCCUACUGACACCUCUUUGCUAUUGGGGGGCGGGGGGCGGCGGCAAAGUGUCCUUGUACUGUCGUCGGGGUGCAGCCUGCUGCUGUAAGUAUAAGGUCCUGUGCAUUGCUGUGGAUACAAGAGUCUCCUCUAAUGAGCUUGAACAAUGACAGUGAAGAAGAAAGCUCAUCCUGAGGGCUGGUGGGAUCAGAUUUUGAGAGCCACACAUGCUGAUGGGGAUAGGUAAGGAUAUUUUCUAGGCCCUUGAUUUAGCUAGGAAAACAGUAUAUGGUAAUUUGAAUUUUUUGAAUAUUGGGUGAGGAUCAUUUUCAAGGAAAGCUCUGCAGAGCUUGUGUAGGCAACUUCCUGUCUCCUGUUUUCUCGAAUGAAGAGAGGUGGUCAGGAAACCUGUAAGCAGUGAGAACAUUUGACUGCUCUGAAGGAGCUUAGUCUGUGGUUAUUACUGAAUGAUAAAAUAAUUGUUGCAACCUAAAAGUCUCAUUUUUCAUAUUUCAUUGGUUUUUAAAGGUAUAUCGAUACCCUUUAAAUAUUGUAGUUUCAAUCGUAUUAACAUGGGUGAGUGCGCCCUUAUGGACAUCUGUAAUGCAGGAAUCACUGUAUCCACUAAAUUUAGUUGAUGGAUGAUAACCAUCACACUGGAUGCAGAGAACUACUUUCCUACAUCAGCAAACUUAAAUGAUUAGAUGUAACUAGAGAGGACAACUGUAAACUGUAAAUAUGUAAUCAUGAAAUCAGUAAGUAUUUUACUUGUAAAAGUUUAUUUGUAAAUCUGUGUUUCGAGAAGACAGCCAAAAUGUAUGUUAGAAGUUCAAUCUUGCCAAUACUUGUAAGUAUCUGAACCAAAGUGAUCAGAGUUUGUGUUACGAAUAAAAGUGAGGGUGGGGAGGGUGUCUUGCACUAUUGAUUGGAAUCUUCAAUUCUCAGACUAUAGGUUUUUCCACUGUGUGUUUUUU